AUGGGUAAACUGAGCCUCAGCAACCUCGCCUUGGCGGCGCGCCAUGAGCGGACGCCGGAGGAAGCCAACCUCGUAAGGCGUCUAGACAUCUUUCUCAUGACCUUCGGUUUCAUCAAGUUCCUGGACCAGACGAACAUUACCAACGCAUACGUUUCUGGCAUGAAAGAAGAUCUCAAUCUCCACGGAAAUGAAUACAACUACUUCACCACGUACUUCAACAUCGCCUACUGCAUCAUGCUCAUUCCUUCUCAAGUCAUCUUGACCUACGUGCGCCCAAGCUACUGGCUCUCUGGCCUUGAAGUCUGCUGGGGCAUCAUUACGGGAAUGUUCGCACUUGUUAAGAAUGCGCAGCAGGUUUAUGUUUUGCGUGUUCUCCUCGGCCUCUGCGAGAGCAGUGCUUGGCCCGGCAUGAUGACACUUCUGAUGCAUUGGUACACGCCGUCCGAGUUAGCUAAGCGCAUGGGUUUCUACCAUUCCUGCCAAGCAGUUGGCUCCAUGAUGUCAGGCGCGUUGCAAGUGGCCAUCAGGAGUUCCAUGGAUGGUUCACACGGCCUCCCGGGCUGGCGUUGGCUCUUUAUUAUCAAUGUCAUUAUGACCGUUUUGGUCGGUGCCAUGGGUUUCGUUUUGCUGCCUGAUACACCCAACAACCCUAACCCACGGGCAUUCUGGUUCAAGAGAGGGCACGCUCAACUGGCUAUGGAACGACUCGAACGUCAUGGAAAGGCAGAGCCCUCCAAGAUGACCUGGGCCGCCACUAAGCGGGCGUUUAAGACCUGGGUUAUCUACUUCCUACCGGUUCUUUACAUUGCGACGGUGCUUGAAACAUAUGGAAGCAACUACUUCAACUUAUUUUUGAAAAGCUUGAAGAAUGCGGAUGGCAGCCCCAGAUGGACAACUUCUGAGGUGAACGCCAUCCCCAUUGGUGCCAGCGCAAUCAAUGUAGUCUUUGUCUGGGUUUGGGCCAUCGUAUCAGAUCUGCUGCAGACGCGGUGGACACUCAUCAUUGUCCAAGCUGUAAUCGGCCUUGUCUGCAACAUUGCCAUGAGCGUUUGGACGACUUACCCUACCACUACACCGCUCGGAACUGCUUAUGCGUGCUACUUCCUCACUUUCACCGCGAUGGGCACUGCGCCGCUCAUUUUUGCUUGGCUCGCCGACUUGCUACCUCAUGACCCCGAGGCGAGGACGCUGAUUAUCGGCGUGUCUAUUGCCGGAUAUUACGCCAUCUCCGCAUGGUCUCAAGUCCUGGUCUGGCCUGCUGUUCAAGCUCCUUAUUACAAGUAUGCCUGGCAAUCGGCCAUUGCCAUCGGAGUACUCGUCAUUACGAUGACGUGCGUGCUGCGUUACAUCGACGUAAAGUAUCUGCUACCAAAGAGACAGGCCUACAUGGAGACGAUUCUCGAGACAGCAGAGCCGAAGGACGUGGAGCAAGUGGAGUCUCAUCCUGCUGACUCUGGUGACAGGAAGAUCAAGUCGACUGCGACUGUGCCGGAGGUAUAA